UCCCAUUGGAAGUCACAUGGUGAACCAAGCAGAUGUUUUAAAGCUCCAUAAUCUAACGGGUUGAGGUCGAGAAGGAUGCGAACGUCUCAUUCUAAACCAACUGGACGACUGUAGCCUAGUUUGUAUCAUAAACCAGAUAAGCUGCUCUUAACGAAAGCCGUAAACUAUGAACAUCGAGGGGGAGGAGAUGCGCAAACCAAUCCGGCUCAUCGCGGCUGCCUGCAGAGACAUGGGCAUAGGAAAGAACGGACAGCUUCCCUGGAGUCUUCCAAAAGAAUUUCAGUUCUUUCUGGAUACAAUUACUGCUGUGUCGGUACCUGGAAAGAAGAAUCUACUUGUUUGGGGGCGAACCUCCUGGUUUUCCUGCCCUGAAACAGCCUUCCCUUUGGCCAACUGCUUAAAUUUGGUAUUGAGCAAAAAAAUGACUGCAGUGCCUCCACGUGCCCACUAUCUGUGUAAGGAUUUCGGGUCAGUAAUUCACAUGGCUUCUAAGCCUCCUUUAUGUCAGACUGUGGAGACCAUCUGGAUUUUAGGAGGUCCAGAGGUAUAUAAGGAAAGUCUUGAGCACCCAUGGUGUGAUCUCAUCUAUCUCACCGACAUCAUGGCCAACUUUGACUGCAAUGUCUUUUUCCCUAAAUUCGACCGCAAUGUUUUCAAAAAACAAAACAGCUUUCCUGGAGUACCAGAUGAAAUUCAUGAAGAAAAUGGUAUUAAAUUUCAAUUUCAAGUAUUCAAGAAAGAAGCUUUAAACUGAAGCCAGGAGGAGACAAGACUGUCAAAGACCAUACUAAAAUAAUUUUAUUUUUACAUAAUCUGAAACUACGGAGCCACUAUGGGAUGGGAGAAAAUAUGUAUUUUUUCGCCAAUGUCCCCUAGAAAGUUUAAGAUUCUUUCCGCAUAUAUUGUGUUCAUCUUUAAAAUGUUAGCAAAAGUCUUAGGUUCCCCAAAAGAUAUUGCAAACAUUGCAUUACCUCUGCAUUCUUUAACAAAAGUAUUGCAUUCAUCUGAGAAUUUUUGCCCUUUCUCGCAAAACGAUGCUUGAAAAUAUUUAGCAGUCACUCAAAAAACAUUUGCAUUUCCUCGCAGAAGUAUUGCGUUUUCUUGGACAUUUUUUGUUCUCCUACAAAAAAUUGCGUUCCCCUGAGACAUUUUGCAUUCUCUUGCAAAAGUAUUGCGUUCAUUUUGAGGUUUUUUGCAGAAGUAUUCUUGGCCCAAAAUAUUGCAUUCCGUAUUGCACUCUCUAGCAAAAGUACUGCAGUAUUCCUGAGACAUUCUGCUUUCUUUCGCACAACAUUUUGUUCCCCUGAGAAACUUAGCAUUUUUGCAAACUUUACAGCUUUGCGAACUUUACACAGAGCCAUUGAGCAUUCUGUGCAGGUUUGUGGCAUCUUUUGAAUACACGUUGCUUACUAUGGUAAAUCACGUCAAGUUGACCAUUACAAUAUGUGUCAUAGACAUACAUUGGACUGCAGGCACGGAGACAUGUUGGAACAGUGAACCUAAUGUCAGUCAGCAUACUAUAGAUUCACACAGAGCCGUUGUGUGCAGGAUUAUGGCUUCUUCUCGUAUAUUCAUUGAUUUCUAUAGUGAAUGAAGUCAGACCGCUACAAUAUGGCGGACGGCUUAUGUAUCACAGCUCAUAGAAACAGUCUAUGUAUGCUUAUCUAUGUUAUAUAUAGCAGCCCAUAGGAACGGUCACCAUUGAAGCAUCAAUGUAUACAUACCUAUGACGCAAACAUCCUUCAAUAUAGAAAUCCUGGUCAGGAAAAAGUCACGUAUGGUCACCUUAGCCCAGAGCUGGAAAAGAGAACCAGUACUGUAGGGCAGGGAUGCCCAAUUCCGUUUCUGAAGAUCUACAAAGUUCAGUGCAAAACCUGCUCUAACACACCUGUCUGUAAUUAUCCAAUGUUCUUGGAGAUCUUAAUUAGCCUGUUCAUGUGUGCUUGAUUAGGUUUGGAGCUGAGCUUUGCAGGAGGGUAGAUCAGGAACAGAAAUGGGCACCCCUUGUAUGAAACAGUAUUUUAUUGGUUUUAAUAUAGUUGUGUCAGCUUCGUACGAUAUUGUACAGAAGAACACUUUAUCUCAUAGCUUCGGUUGGGCUCUACUGGUGGUACCUCAUCACUGUCCAAUUCAUAAGCAUUUCAAAAGAGCUAGUCCUGCUGAAAAAAACAAUAAAACCCUGACCAAAACACACUAGAAAAUGUAAUGGAUUCAAUGUUUAUAAUGGGAAUUAUAUUGGUUUUAAUGGAAACUAUAAUACUUGUAUGUGAUGGAUUCUAUUGGCGGGAGGUUAAAUCCUAUUGGAAAAAUGCCCAAAACACACUACAAAAAAUACAUUUUGGUUUUACUGGAAAAAGCUGUUUUAAUGUGUAAAAAAGUAAUGGUUCAUAAGGGUUUUUUAAUGUUUUUUUAUUGGGCUUCUAUUGUUUUAGUUUUUUUAGCAGGGAGUUCAUACAAGACCUUUUUUAUAUAUUAAAUAACAAAUCACACCACACAUGACCUGGAACAGCAAAUGGAUACAGACAAUGCUGCCAGUGAUGAGCAUCACUU